AUGAAGCAUUUUUUAAAUCAAUAUGUGAACCUUGCAUUGACAAUACUCAAUUUCAUUUAUCAAUAUAGAUGCUUCAUAGAUUUUAAUUUGAUUUUAGAUAAAAUAAUGUAUAAGUUAUUCCAUCCAAUAAAUGGGAAAGAUCAGCAAAUAGUAAUACCAAUUUAUAUCAAUAAAUUUGUUCCUAAAAUUGAGCUACAAUCACAUUUGACACAAUCAGAAUCUGAAAUCAACUUACCACCACCACCACCACCACAACCAAAAGAAGAAUCACCAAUACCUUUCCCAUUACCAGAACCACCAGAACCACAACCACAACCACAACAAUUGCCAGCAUCUUCUCCACCUCAAUCGCCAUUAAUUAUUAAAACUGAUCCUGUACCACCUAAUCCGUCCAUCUCAUUAAAGAAAGAAACUGUUACCAUACCACCUGAUCAAUUAACAAGUAGUGAUUCUGAAAGUGUUGAUUCUGAAGUUAAGGAAUUGAUUAAAGGACGUGAAAGUUUAACUUUUGGACCUGAUGCUUUUCCUCCUAAUAAUUCAUCUCAACAACAACAAACAACUGGUAGUACAACAAGUGAAGAAUCAAAUUUAGCAUCAUCAACCAUGCUGUCAACAAGUUCUAGUUUAAAUCGUGGGCAUCAUAAUCAUCAUAAUAAUAAUUUUAAUCAUCAUCCUGGAGCAUUAUCAAAAUUAACAGAUCAAUUCGGAAAUGUUUAUUUUUUACAUCCAAAUGGAUUUGUAACUCCAGUUCGACCUGUUUCUGGUCAUAUUGGUGGAUCAGGUUAUGCUAGUUCAUUAAAUUAUCUGCAACAACAACAACAACAACAAUCAUUUUUCAGAAAUAUUAAUAAUAAUUCUCAAAGUUUAAUAAUGCCACCUCAAACUCCAAUGCCAAUGUCAAAUUUCACUCCAAUGAUGAUGUAUCCAAAUAGUUCAACAGCUUCAAUGGCAGCAGUUACUUCAUUAUCUUCUGGUUCACCAUAUCGUAAAAGAUUUCAAAAAUUUAAACAUUUAAAACUGCACAAAUCAUCAAAAUAUUCAAAUUUGAAAGAGUUCCAAAACUCAAUAUUAAAUUUAGCCCAAUUUAGUGGUGAUUUAGAUUUAGGUACUUCAAAUAGAUUUGGUGAAUUAGAUUCAACUUCAAUUAUUAUUAAUCUGAGUAGUGCAAAUACUAGUUCAAGGUCUAGUUAUAGAAGCAGCUUAAGAUCAAGUUUAAGAUUUUCUUCUUCAAGAAGUACAAAAUCACCACCUGUUUCAAAGGAAGAUAUUAUAAAAUGA